UACAAAACCAGAAGAAGUAAAAAUCAUAGCACUUAGUAAGGUUAAAGAAAGCGCGCACUACAUUUCAUUUGGUCGCGUCCCUUUCCGUUGUUUGUUGAUGUGCGUGUUCAUCGAGUGGAAAAUCAAAAAACACGAUAAUUCAUGUCCUCUCACUCUUACAGAGUUUUAUUUUCAAGUAAUUCUAUGUAUAGAAAAGAAUUACAAUAGAGCAAUACUUAGUUUAGAUGACAAAGCAGCUUCGUUGGCUGUUGACAAAACGCUCGAUAAUUUUUCAAAGUUAGCGGCUCUUUUAGCCAAACAAAAGAGAUUUAGUUUUACGUUACAAGACUUAGAAAAUCUAAAAUUAUCAGAAAAUGAAUUAUUGUACAUAAAAUCUAGUAAUCUUAUAUUUUGUUAUCCUGUUUCAAGUAAUAAUUUGCCAUUUCAAAAAUCAAUCUGUGAAUACAGCUUCACGCACUUCACCAUUCAAGAGUUUUUUGUUGCUGGAUAUUUGGUGAGGAAAGGUGUAAUGGCGGCACAAGAAAGCACUGAAAUGGUGUACACAUUCAURAGCGGUUUGUUAGGUUURAAURAUAAUAAUGAAUUAAUGGUAGAACUACUAGAGUGUCUAGGUAAACACAUUAAAGGUGAAGACAGACUAAGACUGGUGUCAUUGCGAUGCCUGCACGAGUUUGGUCAAGACAAACGUUUUACAAGACAAGAACUAAAUACAAACCGUGACUACAGAUACUGGUCUAGUGAUGGGGAGAUUGUAUUACUUGGUGUAACCGACACGGACUGUGAUGCACUCGCUAUGUUAGUAGAAUCCACUGCUACAUCAAUAUCAUCACCGCCACACGUAUUGAGUAUUUUCCUGUCAUCGUUUACUAGGUCUGGUCUUCGCAGAUUGCUAUCAUCUCUCAUCCAUUCAAACUGCAGUAUCUCUACAUUGAUUCUAUCUUACUGCCAAUUAAACGAUGAGAGUGUGAUGGUUAUUUUUAACUAUUUGGCAGAAACUAAGUUAACCAAGCUUGACCUCUCUGGCAAUCGAAUAACUGAUGUUGGAGUGGUGCACAUGAUCAAUCACAUUUCCAGUAAUCUAGACUUUCUAGACCUAUCUGGUAACCUUAUAUCUAGUGAAUGUGGAGAGGUACUUGACGCCUUCUGUAAGGAAAAAUACCCAGGUCUUACCUAUCGUAACGUCUUGGCCAGCAAAGUUCYUUCAAGAUUGCCACCUGAGAUAAUUGCACAAGGGCCUGUUAGUGAAAGAUCAUAUCGAAAGGCGUUAGAACAUGGAGAAGUGAAAAUCUAUCGAGGAUGUGUGAAGAUAAUUGGCCAAGACAGAGCAGGAAAAACUAGCCUGAAGCGGUCUUUGUGUGGRUUCCCGUUCAAUCCCGAAGAAGAAAGCACAGUGGGGGUAGAGGUAUCGCUAUGUACGCCUGUUACUAUGAACGACGUCAAGAGCUGGCAAAUCAAAGAGACUGAUGAGGGCRUAAUAGUCGACGAUGACAUUGUUCGUACGAUGGCCAUGGAUAUCGAAAUGCAGGGACUUGACUUGACUGAAGAUAAAGAGGGCGAUGAUGAUGGUAUCAUGGGAAAAUCUCAGCAUGCAUCGUUAAAUCCAGCAAUGGAAGUUUUGUCAAGACCCGUUGAGCAAGCAGUCGAGCCAACCUAUUUAACACAGCAAGUCAGUUCUGAAAACAUCCAGGAAGUUGAGCAAUCGCAGGAGAGGAAAACCRACGAAACUCUAAAAGAUUACCAGGAAACCGAGAACCAAGAGGUACCCUCGAAAAAAAUACUGGAAUCUUCAUCAAAGCGGAAUCUACAAGUAUCAGAAGUAGUUAAGUAUUUGCAGGAAAAGAAAAUAGAUAAGUCUAUACGAGAAGGAGUUACGACGUCACUGACCGAGUAUUUGAAGGAAAAGAAAAUAGAUGAGUCUAUAAAAGAAAAGGAAGUCACCAUAAGCAUUUGGGAUUUUGCUGGUCAACACUUGUACUACGCAUCUCACCCAGUUUUCAUGAGCCAUCGGGCAGUCUAUGUCCUGGUUUAUAAUCUUGCUAAAGAUUUGGAUGCCACGGCAGUCCCUCGUGUUCGUCAAGGUUCUAAGGACAUUUUAUUGGAUAACGAUAGCAAUGAUACUAAUUUGGACGAAAUUUUAUCAUGGAUGGUAUCAGUACACUGCCUUACGCGUUCCCAUGUGGGCAUUUCGGAGGAUGUGAAAGACAAAAGGCCAYAUAGAAGUCCACCAGUACUCAUUGUUGGCACUCAUGCAGACAUAUUAUCUGAUAGAGCAAAUGAAAAACAAUCUCUUAUAGACGAGGUAGAAAAUAAGCUGAAAAAAGAAAUUCAGAAAAGAGAAUAUGGCGGUCAUGCUCUUGAGCCAUAUUUUGCCGUCGACAAUUCUGAGUCCUUAAACGACGAAGGAGUUCAAAAUCUGCACAAAAGAAUACAGAAGGUUCUUACGAUGGAGCCUUACAUCCCAGAAAGUGUACCAAUUCGUUGGAUUCAUUUUGAAAAGUCAUUACAAGUCAUUGUGCAAGAAAAAAAGAAAAGAUUUAUGCCCUUACUGGAUAUUUCAAAGAUCGCUAAAGACGUUUGCUUCAUUGAUGACGAAGACGAACUUACAACAAUGCUGAACUUUUACCACGACCUUGGUGUAAUAUCAUUGAUUGGUGGCACAGUUGUCCUUGAUAUUCAGUGGUUGAUAGACGUGUUUAAAAAGCUCAUCACCAUCAAACCAUAUGAUGACAUGGAACCUGAAAUGAAAGGGCAUUGGGCACAACUUGAAAGAACUGGCAAGCUUAGUACGGAUCUUGUGGAUCAUGUGUUUAGGUCGGAAAUGGAUUGUGGUGAGGCUAAAGAGGAUCUAAUUCACAUUAUGCAACAUUAUGGACUUAUUGUUCCGAUACGUCCAGGAACGGAAGAGGAGGAUUACGACUUUUUGGUUCCUUCACACCUGACAUCGUCACCUGUGAUAGCCCUUAAAGAUUGCCAGCCUUGUGAAGAAGACCCAUGCACCUUAUACAUUCACUUUUUGGACGGUUUUAUCCCACACGGUUUGUUCGGUCAACUGGUUUCCAUAUUUUGCUCUAGUUAUGGAAGUGAAAAGGUGCCGAAGUUAUACCGCAAUGCAGCCAUUUUUGUUUUGAAUASCUCCCCGGAGAUUUUCCUAACGUUAAUAUGUUGCAAAAGCUCCAUUAAGAUAUGGCUACAUUCGGAAUGCAUCGACAAAGCCGUUAUUGAAUUUGGGGGAGCUGAACUGAAGCGGUCAAUCAAAGAAAACUUAGAGCACUUAUCUGAAAAGUUUCCUUGGUACUCAAGCCUUAACUACGACUUCUGUGUAAGGUGUCCAUUGUGUACCAAAGAAUCGUCUGACAGAACUGACGAAUGGCCUUUCGGAAAAGAGGACUGCUUACAUCCGAUCAGUUACUUUAAUGAAACUUAUUGCACAGAAAAAGGAGAACUGGUGGAGGUUGGUGGACUACAUUUCUGGUAUCCCCAAAAUACAAUCCAGGCAAAACAACCGCUUGAAGAAGACCGACAAAAAAGCCAGGAACUUAUCGGCGAAGACAUUGAACGUAUCACCAAGGGCAUGUUUGAAAACUCAACUGAGGAUGCUCGAUCCCUUUUGAAAGAACUCCGGGUGUUUGUGGACAAGAGGCGUGAAGCUGUUCAUGCUGUAACGGAUUUUGUAGUCUCUCUGGAUGCUCUAAGCGAAAAAGCAGCAGACGAUAUGGACGAAGCUUCGAUGUUCAAUGUGAGGGUUGAGAGAAUUCAAAAGAUUCUAGUCGACGACAUAGGAAUGAUGAGAAGACUCGAUGAGAUGUACGGUAAUCUUUUACAUGCCGCAGAUAUCCUUGUUCGAUCAAACCCCAGUCUUGGCCCAAAAUCACAAAUCAUCUGCUCAUUACUCGUGGCUGACACAUUUUCAGAUACUGGAGUGGAAACGGAUACUUCAUUAGCAUUAAAGUCUGCUUCAACAGUGUGCGACAUUCUGUUUACUGGUAAUGCAAGAACAUCAGAUGCAGAGGAUGAAGCAGCUAAAACGACGAGUGGGAAUUUUAACCAGAAGAUAUUGGCUGAUCUUUCCCCAAUGAUGUCAGGCAUAUUUGAUGGAGGUGUGAUCAGUACAGCUAAAGAUGCAUUCGGUAGCGCUUCGAAGAAAUCAAACUCUUCAGAGCUUGAUAGUGACAUUUCAGAAGAAGUCAAACGAGUUGUUACAACAGUGCGCUUAGACAAAGACGCGAAAUCUGAAACAGCCAAAGUGCUACGCGAUGUUGCCAAAGAAUAUGGUAAACAAAUGCAAGAAAUAGAGGAAUUACUGGCACAUCUAUCUUCAUUGGCUGAAGAUUUGGAGAUAAUCCUUAAGAAACAAUUUCAGGCUCUACUUGAAUCCAUUUCCAAUAAAGCUGGAGCAACCAUAGGGAAUGUCUCUACGAAAGUUUCAGAGGAACCGAUCAGUGAAAAGGAAAGUAAAUACAAAGGCUGGCAUAGCUAUGAUGAAGCAGAAUGUAAAGGUGCACUGUACAAAGUUGUGGUUGACCAAGGCAUCAAUGAAGACAUCGAGAAAGUUGCAGAAGAAGUACGAAGGUUUAUACAAGAACUUAAUUUCUGUGUCGAAAAUAGGAAUGUUACGCUAUCUGUCCUUAGGGAUAUCGCACACAUUUUAGAAGAAAAGAGUGACAGUGUGCCAGCCCAAACAGAAAUUGAGGAGAAAGGCGAUACAGAUGAGAUGAUAUUGACUGAGAAGGUGAAGAAAGCCCAAGAGACGUUGAGURUAGACAGAAAAACGAUGACAGCUAUCGAUGACAGAUAUGAAAAACUAAUGCAGAGUUCGGAAAAUCUUUGUCGCUCAAGACCUGAUAUUGGUGGGAAAGAUCGACUCAUUACCACGCUAAUUGUCGCCGAUGUGUUUUCGCAAUCAGCAACGAAAACAGAUAGCUCCACUCAAGCCACAAUUGCUGCCUGCACCAUUUUAUGGAGCCAUUCAGCAGAAGGCAAUGACCAGGAAAAAUUAAUUGCAAAAAUUGUUUCCACUUGUACACCUGUGAUGGAAGACGCUUUUCACAAGGGCGUGCUUGAGUCUUCCCGCAACGUCAUAUCGGAAUACUUUGUGCCCAAUGAUGCACAAGAAUGUUCUGAACUGGCAUUUGAUAUACAUAAACUCAUUCAUACUUUGGUAGAACUGAACGAUGGUUCCCGAUCUGGAGCAUCCAGAAUGCUUCGAAGUAUAGUUCAAAGAUACGACGAACAGCUACAGAAAAUUGUGGAGUUUGUACAGUUGCUGCCGGUUCUAGCACAAGACUUGGAAUCGAUGCUUAAACUGCAGUCGAGGAACCUGCUUGAGACAAUCUCCGCUAAAAAGCAAGUAGACGAUGACGAUGAACAUGUUCAGAAGGCGAAACAGUUCUUUAGAUGUUGUGGAUUGAGCCAAUCCUGGGUUGAAGCACAUAAUAGGUGUUUCGGUUCUCAAGAUAUUUCUGCUACAGUAGUACAACGUGUAGCGAUGAUUUACWYUUUCCUGAAACCUAAACUUGAACAGCAGUGGAUUGGUACAGACGAGGCGUAUAAAUUAACAUUUAUUGCACACGGCAGUGUAAGAUCACCUUCACUUCCUUCCGCCCUGAAUUAUGUGAAUGAUUACAUAGACACUGUCACGUUAUAUGUUCCGUGGGGCUGUUUGCUUGACGCAAGUGCUGUUUAUGGAAUAUCAACGGAUAAGAUGUCGAUAGUAUCCCCAAGAUCAAGAGAUAUUAUGUACAGUGGUAUGGUGCUGGGAGGGACACCACGUGGAUGGAAUGUUCUCCCUGAAGAUUCRACUCAGCUACCAAAUGUCGUGUUCAAUCCCGUCCGAACAAAUGAAGAUUGCUAUAUAGCGUUGUCUGAAAUUGCCAUGAGGAUGGGAAAGGACUUAAAAGGUAUUGUUGUCCCAUAUUUUCAACAGGUGGGAGAACCAGCUCUUCCUGAAGUAGAACUAUGGAUCUUAUGCCUUUCUGUAGCCAUCACAGUGUGGAGUCUGGAGGAGCAGGGUGUUUCGGGUGUCAAAUUCAGAAUCAAUAUUGCUUCUUGCCUGGCACCUGAUAAUKACGACGUUUUAACUACCGAAAUGCAUUCACCAUAUUGUACAGUUAACUGCCAGCAAUACCGUGUUGUGCCAAUUAUAGUAAACGAUCCAGUCACUAUGAAGAUGGAACUAAACCUAACAGAUGAGAACAUGCAGUCUAUAGAAGAACAUAUCAACACGAUAAAUGAAGCACUUGGCAUUGAAUGAUGUUUGAAAGAUUGGCUGCGCUUGAUGUCCAUCGAAAAAAGUAAUCAAACAUAUUGAAUUUCCUGGACUGUCUAUGAUCAGCACUAUAGCACUGACUCUCCAUCGCACGACAUAAUGUCUUUUUUAUGGCAUGCAAAUUAUUCGAAAUAUGCAUAUUUUGAGUAAAUCAGUGGCCACCAUUUCGGUCUCUCAUAACAAUGCACCGCAAAAUUUAAGAGAAUUUAAUUGUAUCCUUUAAUUCAGUAUAUUUCAACAAUCAACUUGAGAUGCACUUAUAGAUUUUCACACUUUUAAAGUACAUAAUGUACUAUUGAGGUCUGCGAAAACAAUGUCACGCUAGCAGGGUUCGGAGUUCAAACGGUAUACGAACCAAAGUAAUCCUACUACCAUUUUUUUCCCUCGUGAUUAUAACCCUCCAACGAACAGCGAAAGACCGUUGUAAAAGAUGUUCUUGAAAUAUAGAAUGUCGGAUUAUAGCA